AUGUUGCCGGCAUCACUGGUGUAUCGCAGCUUGAGCCUAGACUGCCGCCACCCACCCAAUCAGCCCCAACGGGGCCCUGUAGCUCCCCCCACUAACCAGCCUGGGUGCACGCUGCUGUUUCCCCUCAGCCUGAGCAAGGAAGCUCGUAAACACAUCCACCAGCUGGCGCAGACACUCAGACUGCCGACGUUCAGUAAGGGGUUGGGUGAUGAGCGGCGGCUGAUGGUUCACGGGGUGGGCUUCCGCGACACCCCGGAGAUGGAGGCGGAGGUGGCGGCGGUGGUGGCGCGGAGGAGGGCCCCCGUGUCGGUGCGGGAUAGGGCCCGGCAGAUCUGGAAGUGGUGUCAGGCGGACGGCGGCGCAUUGUGGAGCCUGAGCCAAGGCGAGAUCGAGGAGUACUUGCUGGCGGCCCCUGACGAGGCGGCUCUUCCCGCCGCGGUGAAGGACCUGUUGGAGAGGAGAGAGUACGGCAGCGCCCUCAUCGCCGCCAUUCGGUCUGGGGACACCCCCGCUGCCUUGGCAGUGCUGGAGGCGCACCCCCGGGCUGCGUGGAUACGGGACGAGGGGGGGGCCGGGCCUGACGGAGACGAUGGUGCGGACGGGGAGGGUCCCGGGUACUACCCCUUGCAUUUGGGGGCCCUGGCGGUUAUGGGGGAGGUGGUGGAGCGGAUUGCGUCGCAACUUGGCGCUGUCGAGCAGCGGGAUCGCAACUACGCCACCCCCCUCAAGGUGGCCAAGAAGGCGGGGAUGACCGCCAUGACCGCCAUACUGCUGGGGCACGGCGCCAAGGACUAUGAGAUCAACCAGGCCGCACAUAAGACGGCCCCGAUGGGUAUACCGGCCGCCGCGCCGACACACCACGCCGGGGGCGGCGGCGGUGGCGGCAACCGCCGCCGCGUCUCCGGCAGCCAGGCUGGCUCACCCGCCGUCGGUUCCCCCGCCGCCACCGCCUCCGCUACCGCCUCGUCACCCUCCGCCUCUGGGUCCGCUUCCUUGGGCGGCAGCUACAUGGCGGCGCAUGUGGCAGGGAGACAGAAGCGGAUGAGCAACGAUGCCGGUGGUGGUGGCGGCGGCGGCCGCGGCGGGCAGCAGCAGCACGGCGAGGUUUCGGAGGUGAGCGUGAUGGCGGCCUUGGCGGCGAUGGGGCUGUCAGCCAAGCCAGGCCUGCCGACGGCGCCGGAGGUGCCCGACGAGACCGGCGGCGGUGGGGGUGGCGGUGGCAAUGGUGUUAGCGGCGCCGCUGCCGCCGCACCCCCUAAUGAAGCUGCGGCUGCAGGCAGUGAUGAUGACGACGAGGAUGAUGAUGUAGCGGCAGCCGCAGCCGGCGGCGGUGCUCCAGCUGCUGCCGCCGGCGAAGAAGCCCCGAAGAAGCGGAAAACGCGCCGUGGCCGCCGCGGCCGCGGCAGCCGGCGGCAGUCGAAUGCGACGGCGGACGAGGCGAUGACCGCGGCAGUCGUGGCCGCUGCCACCGCUGGUGCAACUGCUAGCGAUGCAGGGAGCGGUGGUAGCGGUGGCGGUGGCGCCAUCGCAGCGGCCGUUCCCCCAGCAGACCCAGCGCCGCCUGUGGUUCCGCUUUUGCUUCCGCACCUCCGCGCCGUCGGUUCCGCCAGCGGCGGCGCCGACAGCAGCGACCCCAGCUUACUCACUGACGGCAGUGAGAGUGAUGGCAGCGGCGGCGGUUCCAAGAUCCGCCGCGGCGGCCAGCCGGCACGGGCCCGUCGCCAUGAGCGCCGCCGCGCCGCGCGGGUGAGCGGCGCCGACGGCGGUGGUGGCGGCGGCGGCCGUCGCAGCAGCGGCGCUGAGUAUGCCAGUUUUCACCAAGGUCAUGGUCGGGGCGCUGGCGGUGGUGGUGGUGGCGGCGGUGGUGGUGGUGGUGGCGGCGGCGGCGGCGGCGCUGGCGGUCACUACCACGUGUACGGUGGUGGCCAUCACGGCCAUGCUGAUGAUGCCGCCAGCUGGCGGCGCGACCCAGCAGCGGUGGCGGCACCGUCAGGCCCGGGGGCGGCAGCGGCAGGGGGGGCUUCACCGUUGCCGCCCCGCGGGGGGCCUGACGAGCCCCGACAGCCGGCGGCGUCCGGGCGGCCGCCUGCCCCGAGACGGAUGAGCGGAGGGCCGGCAAGCGCACCGGCGGCGGCGGCUGCAGCCUCCGGCACCGCCGUCAGCGGAGCAGCCGCCGCCGCCGCCGCCGCUUCUUCCGCCGGUGCGGCGGCGCUGCCGGAGGCUCCAGGGAGCCCAUUCCAUCACGGAGGCUCCUCUCAUGGGCCCAGGGUACGACAAAUGGCGACAUGUCUUGGCCCAAAGCCCGAGCUCGGCCUCAGAAAUGCCCUCUAG